CCAAACCCUAGUUCAAUUUCGCUCCCGAUUUUCUUCUCAAAUCAGACACAAAUACAGCAAUCAAACGUAGUUAACUCAGUAAUCAGCUGAAGACAAUGUCGACACCUAACCACCAAGACGAUCUCGAUCUCCUCCUGUCGCUCGAGGAUCGCGUGCUCGAAACGCCGCCAGCUUCUCCGUCAGGGUAUUUAUCAGAUGACGGGAGACCACAGCAAACCGGGCCUGUGGAUUUGUCUGCUUUCCGAGACGUAGUGGAAGAUUGUCUUGAUUAUGAUGCUAAAGAUGCCAGGAGAGCUCAUAACUCUGAGAAGAGCAAGAGCAAAAGCUCAAAAGAGAUUGAAGUUGAGAAGUUUUCAGGACUAAGAAUCCAGAAUCCAGUGGUCUCCCGUGUUGAGUUGAGCAACCAUUUAUCAGAUAUUAAAUAUGUUCAAUUACACACAAUAAAGAAUUUGAUAAGAGGAGAUACUCUCUCCGGGUGUUGGGCCACUAUUGGAGUUCUAGUAGAAAAGGGUGCGCCGAGGAUGAGUUCUAUCGGAAAAACUUUUGCAAUUUGGAAAGUGGGAUGCUUAGGUGAUGAGACUGUUUCUCUCUUCUUGUUUGGGGAUGCCUAUCAGAAGAGCUGUGACGCAAAAAUAGGAACCAUCUUUGCUCUAUUCAAUUGCAGUGUCCGCAAAGAUAAACCAGGAACAUUUUCAUUGAGUAUCUUUUCUGCUAAGCACAUUCUAAAGCUGGGCACUUCAGCAGAUAUGGGGGUUUGUCAGGGAAAAGGAAAGGAAGGAGCCCCUUGCACAGCAGUCAUCGACAAACGACGUAGAAAAUUCUGCAACUUCCACUCACAGAAUUCUUCGAAGAAAUACACAUCUACAAGGACAGAGCUCAAAGGAGGGAAUUUAAGGACAGGCUUCAGAGACCAUCUCAAGUCUGAAGGGAUUUAUGUGGUAAAACCUACAGAAGACAAAACAAACUCAACAUCAAAGUAUACUAAGUUAUUGUCUGUGGAAGGACUUAAAAGGGCAUUGAGCAAGGCGGACAAAGUGACAACUAAUAUACACUCUCAAGGAAUAAGGUUUCUGAAUCACAUGGCAGGGAAAAUGGAUCUUAAAUUGACAAAUAAAGCCGCUAGCCUUCCACCUCAGCAAACGAGUAGAGCAGACAACAGAUCCAGACAAGGCCAAGAACCAGAUGCUAAGAAAUUGAAAACAGAUCAUAAAAAUGCCCAAGAAAAGAACACCAAGGAGGUUGGUGUUAAGAUGAUUGAGUUAGAUUUUCCUAGUUCUGAUGAAGAACUUUGACAUCCAAUUAUCUACUUGUCUCUAAAUUAAUGCAAAUUUUGUAAAUUUAUUGCAUUAAACAAACUUGUAUCAAGCUAUUUGAUUUAUCAAAAUUUCCCAUAGACGAUAUUGUAUUCAAAUUCAAGUCUAUAUUUAGAUCAGGUAGUAACAUCGUCUAAGAAUUUACGAUCUCUCAGACGAUGUGAUACAAGACUUGUGUAUUUAUUUCCAGAUGCAAUUCUUUAAUGAGUUCAUGAAUUCGUAUGAAA